AUGAUGAAUCUUGUGGAUCUUCCGACUGAGAUUCUCGUGCAGGUCUUUGCGAGCUUGGACAGCCUGAGAGACGCUGCGAACCUGUCAAAAACAUGUAGACAGUUCGACCUUCUCAUCAACGACACACGGAAUAUGGGUUUGAUCUUCGAUGCUAUUGCGGACAACAUCCUCCUGCCUGAGACUCCCGACACUGCCUGGCUUGAAACACACUUUGGACCUGACUGCCUAUGGAAGCCCUCACGUUCCGAAAUCGCCCCUAGGAUUUCGCAUGCUAAAACCCUCGAAUUCUUAACAACAAUCGGAUUUCCUGACCGCUCCACUGGGCUUCAUGGGGUCGACUUGCAGCAUUUGAGAAAAAACAUCGAACAGGGCAAGCAUGAAACGUGGUUAUGUGUGCACAACGGUCCCCGGGGACAGAACUGGACAGUACGCGAUCCUGAAGCACACUAUACCCUCGGCUUCGUUGGCCAGCAAAAGGUGAUAGUGGGUAGCACAAACGGCAACAUCAUCACGUACACCCUGUCUGUGCGCGAUCUGGGACAUUGGCCGAUGGGUGCCACUUCCAUCAUCUCGUUCCUAGUGCUUCUGGGCACAGCCGUGAGCUCGAGGGAUGCAAUAAAGGAGCUUAUUCAGAGGUCAUCUGAUCCCUUGAAAUUAGCUGUGGGUGUGUGGUUUCUCGAGAAGGUCUACUUCAAAAUGAACCAGUACGAUGUCUUCCUUGAUAAAGGCUCUCGGUUCUGGUGGGAAUUGCUUUUCGAUGGGAUGGACUACAAUGAGAUCUCUCGGGGGCCGCAUACAAUGCGUUGGGAAGUUGCAGCUAACCUUUCUUUCUUCCAGGCGAACAUUGUCAUGCCGAAGAACCCAGACUCGGCCUGGCUGAAGACUCACUUUCGUGUUGAAAAGUUGAAAACUCCAGACGCGAGGGUCCUGGCAAUGAUUGAGCAUGUUGAGACCCGCACAUUUCUCAGCACAGUCGGAUUUCCAGAUUUUUCCACCCGCACCGCUCACCUGUCGUCCAAACACAUGCUCGGCCGCUUCAGCCACGGAAUCAAUACUAGCGCGUUCAAUGCAGAUAUUCGGGAUGAAGAUCCGCCAAUGCUUGCCGGCAGUAUAUUUUUUUUCGGCGCCACUAUCGAGUGCGGAGUGUUCUUCGGCACCGGCAAAGGAGAUGUGAUCUUCUGCGUGUUCCCAGGCGCUUCUAGAACUCCUGUGACGGAUAAACACUUGUGCCUGGGAUCUGCAGCCACGUCGGUCUCCUCCUUCCUCGUGCUCCUAGGGACAUUUUUGGAAUUCCGAAGGCAGGUUCAGGAGGUCAUAGACUUAUGUACCCUCUCUGAGCUCCAGCCCAGAUUGUACAUAUACCAGAUAUUCCUCAGACGGGUGUAUGAAAGGAUGCGGGAGUACGGGGACCUACCGGAGAGAUACGACUCUUUUUGGCAUGACAUCUGCGGCAACUUCAACCCUGACUCCCCAUUUUUUCAUAAAAAGGUGGACCAUGGAAGUAACGAGAUGAACUAG